CGUCAAAAGUCAAAGAUAUUAUCAGUCUUCAUUUAUAAUAUAAACAAAAUAUUGUUCGUAUAGUGAAUAGUGCCCCUAUUGACUAAUAGCUGUAGUAAGGCUCAAACGAAUACGGUUGGAAAGACGUUCAUUCACGUUAUUCACGUUGCCUUGCAAUAUAAUUAAAAUGUCAACUUCUCGGUAUACACAUGCUGUGGUUAGCCGUAUACCGCAUUCGCUUAGAGAACAUCAUCCGUCGUUGGAUUACGAUAAAGCCAAACGACAACAUGAAAAUUAUGUCCGAAUAUUGCGAGACAUUGGUCUGGACGUAAUCGAAAUGCCACCAGACGAGAAUACGCCUUGGAGUGUAUUUGUGGAUGAUACAGCGUUUGUGUGCAACGGAACCGCAAUAAUAACUAAACUUUCUGAACCCGAUCGAGCUAAAGAAGUUGAUAUUAUUCGUGCCGUGUUGAAGAAAGAAAUUGGAUUGCCUAUUGUUGAAGUCUCUAACAAAUCUGCAAAAUUACAUGGAAGCGAUAUAUUAUUUACUGGCAGAGAAUUCUUUAUUGGAAUAACCAAAUGGACAAAUGAAUCUGGAGCAGUAGCGGUUGCGUCUGCUUUUCCAGAAUAUCCAUGUGCUCCUAUUAAGGUCAAAGAAAACAAACAUCUAAAAACCAUUGUUUCCAUGGCAGGACCGGAUGUUAUGUGUGUUGGAUCAAGUGAAGAAUCAAAACAUAUUCUUAAACUAUUAGAACAAGAAGCGACUUAUAGUUAUCAAAUUUUAACAUUGCCCGAAGACGAAGCUGCUAAUGUUAUGUAUAUCAAUGGAACAUUACUUCAUCGGUCUGCGAAAGAAAUACCAAAAUCUUUUAAGGUUUUAAAUGAAAAAAUAUCCGACAUCUCUCUACAAUCAGUUGACAUUUCUGAACUUUUGAAGUGUGACGGAGUAAAUUUAAACUCAUGUUGCCUUUUAGCAAGGCGCGCCAAACACAUCAGAAACUUAUAAAUGCACUGAACUAAUAAUAUAGUGAAUCUCUUGCCUAAGUCAGUAUUAUUUUUAACACUAAUUCUAUGCAUAAUUGUUUAACACAACUUAACAAAUCGUGCUGAACAAAAUUUAACAAAUAUUGGAUUUCAGUUAUUUUAUAGAAAAAAUAAUAUUCAGCACGAAUUAAAGUAUUAUUGCAUUGACUUUUGCAAGAAGGAAUUAAUGUGAAAAAUAACUGAAUGUUACAUAAUAUUUAUAUUGAUAAUAGUAUAGUAUUAAAUUUGUUCCUUUUAAAAGUAUUAAUUAUAAUAUUCACCUAUAUA